CCGAUUAGGCGUCACUACUCUGGGCUACAAAUUCAUGAGUGCGCUUUUCUUUCCGGAGACCGUCCCGUCCCGUCAAGAGUGGUGAAACAGCCACUGUGACGCUCAAUGGGAACUCGUUUAUGAAGGACAAUAAACCAGAUGUCUUUUUCCACCUGUUUGGGUUGUGUAUAUUCGCGGUGUAAAGUUAGUGGAGUUGGACAAGCCGACCUGACGAACAUCGCUGUGCUGGUGGUGUUGUUGUUACCCAGCAGCAGCCAACAUGGCUGAGGAUGACAGUGAAUGGGUUGUAGAGAGCAUCGUUGGCUACCUGGGAAGUCCUGAAUGGGUCAUUCCUGUCACGGAUUUCAUCGAAAACAAAUGCACAGUUUUUGAUGACGAAGAUGAAAAUAAGUUAUCAUACACAGAGAUCCACCAGCAGUAUAAGAAUUUGGUGGAGAAGCUGUUGGAGAAUUACAUGCAGGAUGUUGGCAUCAACGAGCAGCAGUUUCUGGAUGCAUGCAGCUCUCCUUUUGCCAAAUCCAAAACACUGCAGUCAGUGUUCCAGCCAGUUCUGGCUACAGAUGACUUCCAGAUAUUUCGCUCACUGAUGGUCCAAAAGAACAUGGAGCUGCAGCUUCAAGCCCUCAGGGUCAUUAAAGAAAGGAACGGGGCCCUCCCAGAGUGCCUGACUGCUGGUGCGGACGUAAUGACAGAGUUGCAGGAUCAAGAGAUGAAAAUCCUACAGGAGGUUCUCAGAAAAUCAAAAGAGGAGUAUGAUGAGGGAAUGGCCAGGAAGCUGCUGUUAGAGAAAGAGGUUGGCUCCACCUUCAGCAGCUGCUCUGAUAAGCCAGUGGCAGAAAGCAGUGAAGCCCAGAAUACCACCUCUGCUCCGAGCCAACAAAGCAACGCUGCCAAAGCCAAAGCUGAGGGGAAAGGUGACAGCAGCCGCAGUAAUGGUCACCACGCCCCACUAGUGAACGGAAACACUACCACUGAAUUUAAUCUGGUCAAAGGCAAACCUGCCAAAAAACAAGAGAGCAAGACGGCUGCCCCUGCAGGUGGAGAUAAGAAAAGUGCAGCUAAGAGCAGCUCCACGUCUAAACCCACACCAGAUUGUGGCAGUGACGUUGUGGAGUCCAAAGUCCUUCCAGCAGUGAGAGCACCAGUAAAGUCCGGCGAACCCUCCGUCAGCCUCAGCCCUAGUACCAAGGAGCAGAGCAGCAGUCAGACUGCAGCCGAGGCGUGGCUGGAGGAGGCACACAGGGAGGCUGGCUUCUCUAAGCCAUAUACUGAGUUGUCAGUGUCUCAGCAGGAGCAGCUCCAGCAGAGGGCGGCCUAUCUGCGUCAGCAGCGAGACAAGCUGCAUGCAUUGAAAAAAGAACAGCAGAAACCCAAGCAGGUGACCGUACCAGAGGAGGCCCCCACCACCACCCCCACCACCCCGCCUGGCCUGGCUUGUCAGGAGGCAGUGGGGCAGUCCCAGAGGAAUGGGGCCUAUACCCCUCCUCCUCCUCCUCUUCCUCCUGCUCCUCUUCCUCCAGCACAACACUCUGCUAACUCCUCCAAACAGAAGGAGAUAUCUGCUGAGGAGAGGAAGAAGCUACAGAAGAGAAAACAUCUGGCUGACAAGCUGAAAGAGGAAGUGAUCAAGAAAUAACAUAGCCCCCCCCCCCCCCCCCCAAAACUGCAAUAUUCUCAUUUAUAUGCUAUCUGUUUACUCCGUUAAUCAAACACAUGGCUUCCUUUACACUGCCUCCUUCAGACAGAUGAUUCACUUUGCGUAACACAGAUCAGGUGUUUUCCAAAGAAUCACAAAAUGUCAGAGAUCUUCCUUCUUCAAAGUUAUUUUCAUUUCUGUCUACAGAGGAAGGUACAUCUUCUUCAUCUUCAUCUUUGGUUGUACCAGUAUUUUGGCAGUCUCCGCUCAUACGAGCACACCAAAGUAGCAUCUGUCUGAUUGAGCGAGUUCAGAAAAACCCACGGUAGUCAGGCAAUAUGCUGCCAGUGUUACUAACCUCGAGUGGAGAACUCGGAUAGCUUUUACUUUACAUCACUAGACGCAUCUGGUCUGUCCAAAGCGCUCCUUAUUUGCCACUGGGUGCACUACAUUUACUUAAUGCAAAAUAUAUGGAUAUAGCGCCCUCACAAAAUCCCACAUUGGAAUGAAAAAUGUGUUCACAGCCUGUACAUUACUUGCUAAAAAUCUUACAAUUUAGUGCUCCACUAUUGAUAGUGUAAAUGUUUAUUAUGCAACACUACGUGAUCCAUUAUUGACUGGAGUGAUUUUGAACAUAUCCCUGGGUUUGUUUCUCUGUAGACAAGUCAAAAAAGUUAAUAAAUGUGGUGAAACACAAACUCAACGUUGGGUACAACUGGCCUCGAGUUGUAUCAGUGAGUUAAUGCUGGGGACAGACUUAAUGGGGAGUUUCACGUUGAGGUGAAGGUAACAUUAGCUAGCACAAGAGUACAGUCUUGUCGUUAGCACCUCCAGAGGAAGAGUCAGCUGCUACAUCAUAAAGCUGAUAACACUCUAGCAGCUCAUCCGAGUCUAUUAGCGCUGUGGAAGUUGUCAAGAUGAACACACUGUCGUGAUUGUGAAGAGGCCAAGAGAACAGUGUGUUGCUUUCUACGAGGAAUGCAGUAUUUCAUGUAUGCUGUUUAAUAAAUCACAUUUUAUAGAAACAA